GAAAGCUCGGGACAUGCCUCUGGUCCAGCCAUCUCAUGUAUCACUUGUCAGAAGGAGGUUCCCUUCUCUGAAAUGAAACUGCACCGAGCUAACUGUGAUGGGACCCCCAUGCAGGAAACACAUAGAGAAGGAGAGGGAGACCGUGACUGGAAGAUUAUGGAAGAACCAACUCUGGCUGCCCAAGUUUUCAAAGAGAGCAAAGUGAACAUGCAACUGGGAAGCCUCUUAAACUGAAAAUGGAUGUAAGGGAGAGUGAGGAGGACAGGGAACGGGCGCUUCUCUCAUUCUACAAACAGCAACAGGAAUGGGCAUGUCCACUUCAUUGUACCCUUGAUGGUGAUGCUGCUGUUGGACAGGGAGUGAUGCGGUACUUUCUGACAACAAUAAUAUCCAAACUCCAGUUUGGAUUCAGAAUGAAUCUUGGAGGAGUGGGCCACACUCUGCUAUUUGAAGGUGAGCCUGACCGUCUCGUCCCAGCUGCAUCAGAGGUGCUUAUUGAGAGCAACCUCUUCCGGGUUGCAGGAAGGAUGAUAGCCCAUUCCUUUUUGCAUGAUGGCCCCCAUGUCACAGGAUUAAGUCCUGCUGUUAUUCAUGUGCUGUUCAAUGGGGACCCUGAAACUGCAACAAUUGUUGUCGAAGACUGUCCCGACCUGCACAUCAGGAGUAUUAUAAAAAUGCUCGAACUUGAAGAACUUACCCAGGAACAGAAGGACACAGUGUCAGAUCUCUCCCUGUCUUGGGAUCUCCCAGCAGUCACUAAAACGAAUCAGAGGUGGCUUCAUAACAAGCUUCUAGUACACGCGGUCAUUGGGAGGACCAUGCGCCAAAUGAAACAGUUGAGAAAGGGGUUGAAAGAUGUGAUGUUAUGGCCCCUGCUGACAUCUAGGCCGGAUGUUGCCCCACUUCUUUUUCCGAAAAAGGCAGGAAUGCAGUUUGUACCCCAGAUGUUCCUAGACAAAAUCACAUGGCCUGUGGAGGACAGUGAUGAUGAAGAUGAAGAACUUGACAUUGAGUGCAAGUGCCGCAUCACUGCUUUUCUGCGGAUGUUCAUUGAAACGGCUUCAUCAGAUACACUGGCCCUGUUGCUGAAAUUUUGGGUCGGCUGGGAAAUGCUCCCUCCAGAACUCAAAGUGGAGAUUUCCAGGGGAACCUUUCCAACAUCCUCCACAUGCUUUGAGACACUGAAGCUGCCAGCUCAUUACAACACCUACAAAGACUUUGAGGAAGCUCUUGUUGCUGCCAUAAACAGUGCACACACUGGAUUUGGUCUUGUUUAGGUAUUUUCAGGCAAUGAUGUUGCUAUUCUUUUAUUCAGUAUAAAAGGUCAAGUUGAGUGAAGUGUUUUUCCAACA